AUGGCAUCUAGAUCCGCCCUCCACAUCCAAGACACCAAGUUUAACGAUCUUGGUCUCUCAAAGUCCACUUUGAACAAGGAGAAAGUCUGCUGCUACACGCGCUCGCUAGAGAGCGCCAGCGACGAUAAUCCCAUAAUCGUUCUUAUCCAUGGAUAUCCGCAAUCGGCUUACAUGUGGCGCCACAUGAUCCCUCUUCUUCCAUCCAAGGCACCGCUCUUCGUUCCGGAUCUACCUGGGUACGGCGCUAGUGCACCGAUUGCGAAGAACGAUAAAGUGAGUAUAGGGACGGCGGUACUCGAAGCGUUGAAGACGGAGGUCAAGAAGAGUAAAAGUGGAGAUGGGGAUGUAAAGGUUGUGCUUAUUGGGCAUGAUCGUGGAGCGAGAGUUGCCCACCAUGUUACUGUUAGCGGGGUUGAUGGAGUGAAGAUCCUGGGUGUUUGUUUGAUCGAUAUCGUUCCGACCUCCACACAAUGGCAACACUUCACCUCCCCAGCCACUGCAGCAAAGGAGAUAACAGGCUACUUUCACUGGCCUCUGCUCGCAAACGUCGAUUUGGCGACGCGUAUGAUCACCGCCUUCGGCCCAUCCAAAUGGUGUCAAGAGAUGAUCCUACGUUGGUCUGGAAAGAGCAAUGCCGGUAUCGAGAAACUGAAGGCUAAUGACUCGUUGACCGUCUAUGGCGAUUUCUUCAAUCAGGAACAUACGCUGAAAGCUACUUGCGAAGACUACAAGGAAGGUGCUACGACGGAUGUUGAAAGAGAGGAGAAGAAUCAGAAGGAGGGAAGGAAGAUUCAAGUGCCGUUGCUGUUGGUGUAUAGUGCGGCGAGUAUUGGAAGUAGCAAACUCGACCUUCAAUUUUACGCUGUAACCAAAGCCCUUGAAGCUACACCAGACACCCCAAAGCGCCAUAUAUUCCAGGGUUAUGGUGCAAACAUCAAUGAAGAUGAUGAAGACAUUGGCCAGGAAGAGUAA